UCCCCUCCAUCCUCGCGGACCUGCAGACUGCACUGAAGAUGCUCAGCAGCGUCGCGGGUCUCUGUUCGCUUCUCUCCGGGUGAAACCGAGUCGAGCAGAACCCAAACACACGAGGAAGGUUCUCUUUUGUUAAUUUCCAUUUUUUUAUUCUAAGAUUCACUUUCAGUUUCUGGCGCGCGUGCACACACCUCCCACAUGGAACUGAAGAAAUCCAUCUCGGACACAGAGCGCGCGCUCAGGAGCUACGGCGCCGUGUCGGAGACGGCGUGGACGACGGACAAAGGUCACUCGGACGUGUCCAUGGCGGAGAGCACCGUGUCUCCAGAGGAGAUCGAGGUGGAGAUGGCUCGCAUCCAGCGCCUGCGGGAGGUCCUGGUGCGCAGAGAGUCGGAGCUGCGCUUCAUGAUGGACGACAUUCAGCUCUGCAAGGACAUCGUGAGCUUAAAGCAGGAGCUGAGACAAAUUGUGGCAGUGCCAGAGAAAGAGAAAACCAAGAAGGACAAGCAGCAAGAGGAGGAGCUGAUCCUGAAGAUCCAUAAACUGGUGCAGAAAAGGGACUUCCUGGUCGACGACGCCGAGGUGGAGAGAUUAAGGGAACAAGAGGAGGACAAGGAGAUGGCAGAGUUCCUCAGGCUGAAGCUGAAGCCUCUGGAACAGAAGCUUAAAGCGCCACAUCAUCCUCCAAAGCCCAAGAGACAGAUCCAGGAGCCGCCUCCGAACAAACCCUCCAUCGCCAAGUCAGGAGCGGCCAUCAUUAAAGACUGCUGCGGAGCCACCCAGUGUGCUGUAAUGUAACCGAAACUGACCCUUCCCGUGUCACAACGCUCACGUCACAACCACUUCCUGUUACUCAGAGAACCACAGAUAUCUGUGUUUGCCCUUGAACCUGUUCAGAAAUCAGAUUUAUUCUUCACCUGCAGGCGUUCUGGGAGCUGAUCCCUAAUCAGUAUUUGAGGGGAGUGUUACAGUGAGGAGCAUAUUUACCAGGACUGGACACGGAUCAAACAGAACAAAGACCUCGAACAGAAGUGUAAAUAAAAUCUGAUAACUAGAUGUUGAUUUACUUAUUCCAUAAAACUGCAUUCAUUUAAAGAGAUAGUUUAGGUUUAUUUUUUUAAACCACCCCUUUGGUGGCAAUAAAGCUCAUAAGUGUAGUCAGUAUCUUACCUGCAGAAGACAGCACUCAGAAGAAAAAUAGUUUGAAAAAUAGGGAGAAAUUGUGGCGUAACAAAAGCAAACUAGUUCACCUUAUAUUUAGCAUAAAAUAUAUGUUUAAAUGAAGUAUGCAAAAACUAGUUGACAAACAGCAAUUGCAAUAAAAAAUAUAUAUAUUUUUGACAGCAAAACACCCAUUUCAAAAAUGGGCGUUGUGGUUUGAAAACUGAUGAGUUUUGGGAGGAUCUUUAGCAAAGUUGAGAAAGUUCUUAAGGUUUUCAUUGUUUAUGUGGAUGUUCUCACCACCUGGUGGCACUCAUGGUGAGCUUUUAAAUUUUGUUGGAAUAGGAAGAUCAAGAAAUAAAAAAAAUAAAACCUCAAAACAAAUAUCUAAAAUAUGCGUCAUGGCUUAACCAAAAUUAACAAACAGCUAUUUAGUGCAAAAGUGACAUCUAAAAAUCCUUCUUCCUUGAAACAAACAAACAAAAAAGUUUGAUUUUGUUUUUUUUAAAUUGUGAAAAAUUUUCUCUUAAAAUCUCUGCUCAGAUUUAUUCCUGAAAAUAUGUCCCACUUUCGCUAAAUGGAAAUCUGUUCCCCAUCUGCUGCAGGUAUGACACUGACUACAAGUACUCAACACAAUCCCAGUAAUAAACAACUAUUUUAAGAUGAUGCAUCUGAUUAUACAAAACAGGCUUAAAAGCACACAGUCCAUAAAGUGAAUCGGAGUAAAGUUGGAAAGAAAAUUUGUCAGGUUUGAUGAAAGGCAUUAUUUUUUCUUUAAAAGUGUUCUAACGCAAAACUGUGACUUUGUGGAGCUUGCAAACUAUUUUAAAUUAAAUUAUUUUCCCCCUAGUUGGAGAAACUAAUCUCUAGAAAAGUUCAGCUUUAACUUUUUAGUAAAAACGGCUUAAUAUUGAUGUGUAUGUUUUUAGUCAGAUCAGCUAAAUCCAGAAGUCCAAACUGGAGAUUUGACUCUUCCUACAUUUAGAAAUAAUAAUAAUAAUAACAAUAAUAAUGAUAAUAAUAAUAAUAAUCUGUGCAGCAGUAAAAUGUGACCUAAAGUUUUCAGAUAACACCCACAUACAGUGUCAUGAGAUACUUUUAAAGGUAUAAUGCUUUAAGUAACUUGUAUCAGUUUAAGAAAUCAUUUGUCAUCAUACUUCAUCAUUAUGAAACAUCCUCUGAAAGAAUAAACUACCAGGAGACAUUGAAGUAAAUUUUUGUUUAUCAGGCAGUGUAACAAGACAUGACAGGUUAUCGGUGAACUACAUACAUAGAAACAAAGAUGCCAUGGAAACUGGGUUGAGGCCUUGACCCAGUACAUCCUCUCUGAUUGAGUGUAUGAGUGACAAGUAAAUGCUAUCAU